AAGGUCAUGGCUGAAGAAUUAAAAGACACGAUUGCUCAGAGUCUGGAGUGUCCUGUUUGUCUGACUACCUUCACUGAUCCCAAGAUCCUGUCUUGUUCACACACCUACUGCAAGGUCUGUCUGGAAAAGCUCUUGGAAUCCCGUGCUUAUGAUCAGAUGAUCCGAUGCCCGGUCUGCAGAGAUGAUACCCAGGUACCAAAUCUAGAUGUCAGCAAACUACCGGCAAGUCUAGCUUUAAGGAAUCUUAUAGAGGACGUGAAAAACCAACAGCAAAUUUGCACGAAUUGUGAUUCCGAGGAUAAGCCCAAAGCUGUUGUCUACUGCCAAGACUGUGGCAACUAUCUAUGUAUUACUUGCCACAAUAUGCACUCUCAGUGGAAAAACUUUGUCGGUCAUCAGAUCAUAGCCAUGAGUGAGAUCUCAUCCGGAAAGGUGUCAAUACGUAGAUACCGGAAAUGCAGGAAACAUCCGAAAGAAGAUGAAGAAUGUUUCUGUUCUAAUUGUAAGAGAUUCACAUGCUUCAGGUGUGUUGUUAUGGAACAUACAUACCAAGGACACCAGGUCAUCGAGUCAGCUGCUUAUGAAAGUAAUCACACGAAGACCAUCGACGAGCUUACAUCCAAGGUGGAGAAGAAACAAUCUUGCUUUCAGAAUUACAUCGAUCUCAUUGAUGAAGAGCAGAAGUGCGUGGAUGAUGCUAUGAAGCAUUGCACAGAUGACAUCAACAAAGCAUAUGAUGAAGCAGUUCGGCAGUUGACGGAGAAGAGAGAAAUCCUACUUGGUGAAGUCAAGGGAAAGACUGAAAGAGUAGAGGAAGCCCUGGAAGAAAUGAAGAAAUCAACUCAGCAGCGCAUCGAUCAGUUGAUGACCAUUGCUGAGAUGGUAACCAAUAGAAGAAAUGCACCAGUAGACAUGGACACUUUGGCUGUGUAUGACACUUUAUGUGAAGACCUACAAGAGGCCUUAAAUCAGGAAAAUCCUGAUAACGAGCAGCCGAAUAAAACAUGUAGGAAGGCGAAAAGUUCCAGUUUUGAGAGAAAUAUCGGAAAGGACGAAUUAGGUCUUGGUAAAAUAAUUGAAGUUGUAAAGAGCAUUACUUUGCCUACUAAAAAUAGCAUGAAUGCCAUGAUAAACACACCAGAUGGUCGGAUGGCUGUAGGAUGUAAUCCAGGUGGCGUGAACAUCUUCUCUGCUGAUGGUCGUCUCAAGCAGACAGUCCUCAAGGAUGUUAAGAUCAGUGCAUUAGGUUUCUUCUCUGAUGGUCGAUGUGUUGUAAUUGAUAAAUCAAACACUGUAGCACUGUACACACAAGACUACACAAAGUUGAAUGUGAUGUUUAAGACUUUGAAUAAAGGUGAAGGUGGGAUUUCUAAACUCACUGUUGAUAGUGAUGAUCUGAUCUAUGUUAACUACAGGAAACCCAAGAAGAUCCAGGUGUUCUCAUCAGCAGGUGGACAGGCAAUCAAGGAGAUACCAUGCCACGGAUAUGUGCCUUGGCAAAUCACUUCUUACAAUGAUUCACUAAUCAUUAGUACAGAUAAUACUGUACGAUUGAUAGACAAAGAAGGUGAUGUAGUGGAUACAUUAAAAAAAACAAGUAAUACUUACCUAUACGCUGCCGUGUCACAAAGCAAUACAAUCCUGAUAGCCACAGUGAAGGACGAUGAACGUUUGGUGAGCAUUGAUGAGUACACAGACGAGCUGAAGCACGUUCGGAACCUCGUUGAUGAGUACAAGAUUGAGAAGCCUAGGAGAGAUUGGUAUUAUCUCCAGCAGUACCGAUCAGGAGAGAUCGCCUUCUGCACUUCUGAUAACCUCUAUAUUAUGAUCACAUAAAAUAAUGGAUGAGACCGCAAGAAAUACGUCGUAUAAUAAAAUUGUAUACAGCGUUAAAAUUGACUUUCUAGAUGACAUAAAUUUCUUCAUAAAGUUCUUCAACUUUCCUAGAAAAAAUCCAAAAUUAUCAGUAACCGGCACUUUCGCUGUGUCUUUAAUUUACGAUGCUGUCAAUUAAGCUCAUCAGAAGUUAAUAGAAGGUGGAUAUAAACUUUGACAUAAUGGUUAAAAGUAGUCCAAGACAUUAUUAAAAAACAAUCUGUUUUCAGAUGUCUCGGUAUUUUCUUAUCCAAUCCCGACCAAAUUGAAUUUAUCUGACUGAUUUGUGGAAAAUGUAAUAAAUGAAAUGAAUCAAUAAAAAUACAAUAAAUGAAUUCUUAAUUGAUAAAAUUGUAUUGCUACAUUCAUGCCAAUAUAUCAAUUUCAAAUGCAAACACAAUUUAAUGUAAAAGAUUGAAGACGGUGACAUUUUAAAUAUUAUUCAUGUACAGUAUGGUUAAACAGGUUGCUUAGAAUAUAAAGAAACAUUUAUAAAGAUAUAAAAAAUUAAUGGAUGAUUUACAACUUCUAAAUUUACAAUUUAGAAAACAUAUGGACCUAGUUCAUGAAACUUAUACAUAAGUUUAAUCAAGUAUUACUAAACAUUCUGUCGGAGUUUCAAGUCACAUGACUAAGGUCAAAGGUCAUUUAGGGUCAAUGAACUUUGGCCAAGUUGGGGGUAUCUGUUGAAUUACCAUCAUAACUCUGUAAGUGUAUGGAUCUAGUUCAUAAACUGGGACAUAAGAGUAAUCAAGUAUCACUGAACAUCCCAUGCGAGUUUCAGGUCACGUGACCAAAGUCAAAGGUCAUUUUAGGUGAUUGAACUUUGGCCAUUUUGAACGUAAUUAUUAGAUAGCUGUAAUAACUUUCAAAGUUUAUAGAUAUAGUUUAUAAAAUGUGGAUAUAGGGGUAAUCAAGUAUUACUGACAAGUCUUAGGUCGCAUGAUCAAGGUCAAAUGUCAUUUAUUGUCAAUGAACGUAGUAUUGUAUCAUUAUAUGAAUGGUGUUUUUGUGAAUAUUUUUUUUCAUAGUAGUUUUCAAAGCCAGCACCGCUGCUAUAUUGAAUCGCGCGAUGCAGGUGAGACUGCCAGAGGCGCUCCACUUGUUUGACUGGGGGUGCUGAUGUAAAUUUGGCAAGCGAAAAAAAAGUUUCUUUACAAAAUGUAGGUGAUUACAUUUCUCCAUGUUGUCACACCUUCCGGAAUUCCAGGGGCUGCUGCCUAUGGAGAACAAUACACGCAGCACCCCCAAGGAAAAUAUUGGGGGUGCUUCAGCAUCCUCGGCCCCCCUGCUUUCCAGGACCAUGAGAGAUAAUCAUUUGACGCCAAUAUUAUGGAGCAGCAGUGGCAGUUUUUUCGAGCAAAAUAUUCACAACACAUGUUUCUCUAAACAUGUUCUAGGGGAGUUACUCAAUUGCCCCCUCUCGUUCUCUUAGUUCUUAUAUUUUGUAUUUUGUUAUCUAGUUUGUGUUACGCAGGCGUAUCUUGCUCCUCGUCGUUUUUCAGGGGUUUUAUGCUUAUAUCAUUAAGACAGUUUGUAUAUAUUUGUAUUUUGUACAUUUCAGUUGAUCAUUUCUAUCGAUUUGUACUUGUCGGAGAAAAGAUGUACAAUGAACAAGAAUAAAUUGUAUCAUGUAUUCAAUUUACUUGUAGCAGUUAUAAUCAUAUUUAAAAAAACAAAAUAUUUAAUCUUGCAGUUGCCUGCAUAGAGUUACACAUGUGGACUAUGCAUUCUCCAUACUUAAAAUGGUAUGUACAUUAUGUAAAACAAUAGAAUUUUGUCAAAAUCAGAAAUGAAAUAACAAAGUUAUGGCUUUUCAAAAUUUUCAU